UCCAAGCGAAGUUUCCUCUACACUCGAGACGUUGACUCGGGUAUGCACAUUUCCAAGUCAAAUUGCAAAUUGCUUCUCGUGACUCCUCCCUCUUCUAAAUUCUUAGUUCCACGCCCCUCUUCCGAGCAUCGCUGUGAUGAUGAUGCCCUACACUGGCGAGGGAGCCUCAGAGGCGGCGGUGGCGGUGGCUGUUUGCGGCGGACUCGGCGGUGGCCGUCGUAGCCGACGCGCGGUCCGUUGGGCCGCCAAGUACCUCGUUCCCCAUGCCCACCGCGUCGUCCUUGUCCAUGUCAUCCCCGCCAUCGCUUCCAUUCCGUCUCCGUCGGGAGAACUGGUUCCUGUGGACUGCGUGGGGAAAGACGUUGUGGAAAUGUACGUGCGGGAUCAGAAAUCGAUCGCCCAGCGCGUGUUCCUCGAGUUCAGACAGCUUUGCGGUACCAAUAAUAUUGACACUGUUGUUCUGGAAGGAGGAGACCCUGCUUCCGCUCUACUGAAAUAUGCUUCGGACUCGGGAACUAAGAACUUGGUAUUGGGAUCUUCAUCAAAUUUUUUGAGAAGGAUACUGAAGGGCUCGGAUGUGCCAACGACAAUCCUAAAACACUCAUCCAAUUCUUGCAACCUUUUCGUUGUGUCACGAUACAAGCUCGUGAUGAAAUUUGCUAACCAACUUCCGGCAGAUGAUGCUAACUGUAGCACCCAUGUAGAAGCCAUCAGCCACAAGUUACUUGGUCGGAGAGGUGUUGGCUUGCAUGCUUAUCCCACCAGCGACCAGAAGUCAUUCAUCAGUACAUAUUCUGAAACUUCGCAAUUUAGUGAAGUACACGAUGAAGGAGAAUUAAGUAAUGAAAUAGUAAAAGUUCCUACACACAAGAAAUUUGGUUUUCUGGACUAUAUUAAAGACAUGUCUUUUAUGGUCUUCCACUCAGCUAAAAAGGGUGAAUCUUCAGCUGAAGUAUCAAAGUUAAGGAAGGAGUUACAAAGCACUCUUGCCAAGUAUCAUCAAAUUUGUGACGACUUGUUUCAUGCAAAGACAAAGGUUCAAUUACUUUCCACUGAAUGCUCUUUAGCUGAAAGGAAAGUGAAGGAUGCGUUAGAGAGGGAGAAAAUAUUGAAAAAAAUUGCUGCAGAAGAAAGAGCAAAACAUUUGAAAGCUGUGAAAGAAGUUGAGGAAGCUAAGCAAUUAGCUUCACUUGUGCAAGAGACCCUACAAAGACAGAAUGCAGAACCUGCAACUGCCAAGGUGUCUUUUCAGAAAUCAGAAAUAAUAGAUUUCUCAAAUAGCAAAUGGUGCCAAAAAUAUUCCAAGGAUGAAAUAGAAGUGGCUACUGAUAACUUUUCUGAAGACAAGAAAAUAGGAGAGGGAAGUUGUGGCAGUGUCUACAAGUGCACUCUUGAUGAAACCACUGUAGCCGUCAAGGUUCUCCUUCAUGAUAAACGAGACAAGAGAGAGCAAUUUCUUAGAGAGGUAAAUGUAAAUCAUAAAACACUAUUGGCCCAUUUGACAGAGGGAAUAGAUGUAACUAGUAAUUUCAAACUUGUGCAGAUAGAAAUUCUUAGCCGACUUCAUCAUACUCACAUGGUUUCACUCCUUGGAGUCUGCCCUGAGAAUGGUUGUCUUGUGUAUGAAUACAUGGAAAAUGGAAGCUUAGAAGAUGUACUAUUUGGCGAUGGCAAGAAGCCGCUUCCUUGGACUAUCCGGUUCCGUAUUCUUUAUGAAGUAGCUCUAGGACUCUCUUUUCUUCACGGCAACAAGCCUGAGCCUAUAGUUCACCGUGAUCUUAAGCCAGGGAACAUCUUGUUGGAUAGCAACUACGUGAGCAAGAUUGGAGAUGUCGGACUAGCUAAACUCCUCUCGGAAGUGGUGCCCGAUGGUCUUACAGAAUACAAAGAAACUGUUCUUGCUGGUACAUUCUUUUACAUGGAUCCAGAAUACCAAAGGACAGGUACAAUCCGCCCCAAGUCGGAUCUCUAUGCCUGGGGCAUGGUUGCGCUACAACUGCUGACAGGGAAGCAUCCAAAAGGAUUGAUAAUGAGCAUGGAGGAAGCAAUCAAAGAAGGAAACUUCACUCGUGUGCUCGACAAAUCAAUCACUGAUUGGCCUCUUGCUGAGGCUGAGAGUUUAGCUAAACUCGCUCUGCGGUGUACACAAUUGAAAUGCAGGGAUCGACCUGAUCUCAAUUUGGAAAUUUUACCGGAGCUUCAGAAUAUAGUGAACGAGGGAAAUGGAUACUUCAAAAGUAGACAAGACAAGAUCGUUUUGCCAAAGCAUUGUCUCUGUCCCAUACUACAGGAAGUGAUGGAUGAUCCCUAUGUUGCUGCUGAUGGUUACACAUACGAGUACAGAGCCAUUAAAGCAUGGCUUGAGCGAUAUGAUACAUCUCCUGUGACCAAACAAAGGCUUUCUCAUAAAUACAUAAUUCGUAAUGUCUCAGUGCAUUCAGCCAUACAAGAAUUGAAGUUGCGAGCAUCAUUGUCGCCUCUUGGAAUCAACUAAAUGGUGGCCUACCUUUCUAUUCAAAUUUUGCCUUUUUUAGAAAUGUGUUCAUCUUUUAAUUAAUUUUAUUUUGGUUGUGUAAAUAAUGGAAUAAAAAUAAAAGUGUACAAAUGGUUCUUCACAAUAAUAUAUGUAUUGUUUUGCA